AUGAGAGUAAAUUCUGUUGCAAUUGGCUUGUCAGUUGCUUUUACGCUUAAUAUUACCUUGAUGCUGCACUUGGUAGCGUGCGAUGAUUGGUCGCUGUCAUGUGCCUCAAAUUGUACCUGCAAAUGGACGAAUGGAAAGAAAUCGGCCAUCUGUAGUUCAUUACAAUUGACUGCCAUCCCAACAACGUUGAGCACUGAACUGCAAGUGUUGGUGUUGAACGAUAAUCACAUACCCUAUUUGAAUCGGGAAGAAUUUGCCAAUCUAGAGCUCUUGAAUUUACAAAGAAUAUAUUUGAAAAAGUCUGAGGUACAGUAUGUGCACAAGGAGGCAUUUAAGGAUCUAAAGAUUUUGGUUGAAAUCGAUUUAUCCGACAAUAGAAUAGAAAUGCUAGACAAGGAUACAUUUAUGGGAAAUGAUCGUUUAAGAAUAUUAUAUCUAAAUGGAAAUCCUCUUAAAAAAUUGGUGGCAUAUCAAUUUCCGGUAUUGCCACACUUGAGAACACUUGACUUGCAUGAUUGCCUGCUGUCAUAUAUAGAUCCCAUGGCAUUGGCAAAUCUUAAUAUGCUAGAGUUUUUAUAUUUAAAAAAUAAUUUACUGGAAAGUCUAAGUGAAUACGUAUUUCAGCAUAUGACCAGCUUAAAGACAUUGGUCUUGGACGAGAAUCCCUGGCAGUGUAAUUGCAAAUUGAGAAAAUUUCGCACCUGGUAUGUCAAUAGCAAGUUGUAUAGCGAAAGUCUGCUAUGUAAGGGACCACCACAGCAUAAAGACAAAACCUGGGAUAAUGUCGAGGAAGAUCAGUUUGGCUGUUCACCCAAAGUAGAGAUAUUCAAUAAUGAAGAUGUCCAGAACAUUGAGAUUGGUAGCAAUGUCACGUUUAGCUGCUUGAUAUACGGGGACCCUUUACCGGAAAUUUAUUGGGAACUGAAUGGGAAAAUCUUGGACAGCGAUAAUGUCAUGUUUGAAGCUGAAGCUAUUGCUUCUGAUAAACUGUGGAGUAACCUGACUGUGUUUAAUAUGACCAGUUUAGAUGCUGGCACAUAUGUUUGUUCCGGCACGAAUGUGGUGGGAGUGGGCUCUCAAAAUAUAAGUAUUUAUCUUACGGAAAUUGUACAACAUGUUCUCGUCAAGACGCCGGAAACAUUCUGGUAUUUCGGUUUAAUAAUGGGUACUUUUGGUACUGUGUUUUUGCUGAUUCUCAUUUCAUUUGUGGCAUGCCUAUGCAAACGAACAACCCGCCAAAGACGACAUCCCAGUAAAACCGGCGUCAAGCCCAGUGUUAGUUUCAACGACCAAGAGAAAAAGUUACUAGAUUUAAGCAUCACAACCACGACUAACGAUAGAGUAGACAGUUGUCUAGACAACAACCACAGCACUGCCACGGCUAUGAGCAAAGCAGAGUCAGUAAUGGGUUUUGAGCCAAUUGAAAUUCAUUCGUCGGAUAAUCAUAGAUCCAGUGUUCAUGGUCAUCAUGCCCUUAUGAUGGGAGCCCAUCAUCAGUUGUCGCAUCAACAGCAAAUGCAACAUAAUCAUUCCCAUAUGCCACCCACUAGUAAUGCUGGAUCCCAUGUGUCCAACCAUCCACAACAAUUAAUGGCUGUAAGUGAUGGAUCCUGUAGUGUAGUCGGUAUCCCCACUUCUAUGGCAUCUGCAGUAACAUCAGACGGACACAACAAUCAUAUAUCAGAAGAAUUUCCUCUGAAUGUUGGAGUAUUUCCACCGCCACCAGAGUUCUGUUCGAAUAUUGUGACGAACCCAACAUACGGCAAUAUCUUCAUUAGUGUGUCGGUAACUCAAGACAUGCUUGAUGGAGCUGAUAUCAGCAUGUAUCCGGACUUAUUGAACAUACCCCAAAGACUACAGGACAAUGGCAUGUCAUCAGUAGUUGUUACCCAGACUACAAGCAACACGAAGCAAAUGAAUUCUCAUGGAUCUGAUGCGAUGUCGCCACCACCACCAUCACUGCAGCAGCAUCAACAGCAGCAGCAACAACAAUUACCUUCGUCUUCAAUAGUAGGCAACCACUCUUCCGUUAAUGUUAAUUCAUUUGCCACACUGCCGCGCAAUAACCAGAGAAGAGGAAUCCUCAAGAAGGAUUCGUCUUUGCAGCAUCAGCACCAACAGCAGCUACCACAAACCAAUCUCUACACUCAUGAUGAAAUCGUCUCCUACCACAACCUGGAUACAACAUACAGUCAAGGCUAUCAAGAGCACCAAACCGAUCUAAUUGGCCUUCCACCACCGCCACCUCCACCAUCAGUGAAAUGCCAUCAUGGCCAACAUUCAACAAAUGCUACCUCCAAGCCUUGCUCAGGUUGCAUGUCAACAGCUUUACAGCCACCAUCCGCCUGCACCAGCCCGCCCAAAGAUGUCACACCCCUAAGACCCCUCUACAAAACGGCAAAUGGUUCGGCGUGCUUAAAAUACGACAAUAUGGGUAGACGAAUAACGGCCAGUGGCAACUCGACUCUCUCCUUGCCCGACGAAGAACGCCUAGAAAGUGAAACACUGUUCAACGAUGGUAAUCCGCUGACAAAGACUCCCGCCUCCAAAGUAGCCACUAAACUACAAGACUGCCAAUCGUCAUCCCCAACGCCGACGUCAGCGGUAUCACAAAAUAAGGCUGGAUCGAAGAAUAUGGAAACAGGCGGUGAAUUUGUUUCACUCUAG